CGAUCCUGAAGCUGAGAGCGGCUGUGGAUCUUUGAGCUGGUGAGAAUGAAGGGGGCUGGCGGCAGGUCCGGGCUUGGGGUCGGGACGGCAGGCGCACCCAGCCAAGUCUUUCCUACACCCUCUUCCAGCUCUGCACGGUCCCCGGCGCUGGUCCCCUCCUGGGGAGCCGGAUCCUGGGUCUCAGCCCGGUCUGGCCAGGGAUCCGAUCCGGGACGGCCCCACUUCUCACCUGCGGGUCCCUCUCUUCCGGCCUCUUGGCUUUCCUGGACUGGGCGGCCUUGUUUUCCUUGCUCUGGGCGGGGGCCUCGCGGCGCUUGCCCCAGCUGCUGCCCUGUCAUUAUCCCUCCGAACCCGCAGAGUCACCGGAAGGAGUUAGGUUUGGAGGCCUGGAAUGGGUAGGAUCCCGGAGCCAUUGAGCUCUCUUGCUUGACACAUUCUCCCCAGCUCUGCAGGUAGGGGGGCCAGAGUCCACGCCAAGCUCACGGCAGGGUUUCAAGGAAGGUUGGUUAAAAAUGUGCGCACGCACUGGGGAGGUAGAGGCAGGCGGAUAUCUGAGUUCAAGGCCAGCCUGGUCCAUAGAGCUAAUUUCAGGGCAGCCAGGGCUACACGAGAAACCCUGUCUCAAACAACCCCAUCCCCACCGGCCCCGAAAAGAAACAAAGAAGUGUGUAGUUUCAGGUCUUGUUCACUUCGUGUAUACUCCAUGCCAUGUGAUCCAGGGGACUACAGCAAGAACAGAUUACUGUUGACUGUGCUAGAUGGGCUUUGCUGGGAAGCACCUCCCUGGCUGUGCUUGGAGUUGGAGAGGAAAUAGGUGUUGUAGGAGAUUGCCUCCCUGGUCAGCCUUUCUGGAGAAUGUUAUUAGCCCCAGUUCAUAGACAGGGUCAGACAGGCAGACUCGCAGAAGGAGUCCAAUAGGAUGUGUGUCGGAUAAACGAGAAGGCUUCUUAGGGUACAGUCUUACCUAGACUGCAAAUUGGGGUGCCAGGUAUUGCUCCCCAAAUUGGCUAUGCCACUAUCAUCCGCACCAGCCACUAAGACCAGGAAAGAACCUUCCAUCUAUCCUAUGUCCCAUGCUGGAGCUACCACAGUAAGCUAGCCAGUGACCGGAGGCACCCUUACCCCGACCCGCUGGCUGAGUCUGGGCGCCUGAGAGGCUGACUUAGGACUGAGAGUCUGGGUGUCCUGAAGAAACGAGCUGACUUGCUUCCUCUCCCUGCCCUGCUCACUGCAAGCUCAGCAGUCCGGAUCCAGCCUAAGCUUUGUGAAGAGUCCAGGCCUCACUGGCCUAAGUAGGAACUAAGGUUGUCACAUACUCAGAGUGACCACAAUAGGAACUCUGUGCAGGUGGCAAGGAACUGAGAGGACCCCUUUCUUCCUGCUCUUCCACCCAGCCAUACUCUGGCUUGGGCUGUGGCUUCCUUGCAGCCAUGGUCUGGAGGACACUGGUCGCCAGCAACUUUUCCACCUGCCCCAAUGGCUCUAUCCAGUGGAUCUGGGAUGUGUUUGGUGAAUGUGCCCAGGAUGGCUGGGAUGAGGCCAGCGUGGCCCUGGGCUUGGUCUCCAUUUUCUGCUUUGCUGCGUCUACCUUUCCCCAGUACAUCAAAGCCUGCAAGACAGGCAACAUGGACCAGGCCCUGUCACUGUGGUUCCUGCUGGGCUGGAUCGGUGGAGACUCCUGCAACCUCAUUGGUUCCUUUCUGGCAGACCAGCUACCCCUGCAGACCUACACGGCUGUGUAUUAUGUCCUGGCCGACCUUUUGAUGCUGACACUGUACUUCCACUACAAGUUCAAGAAGCAGCCCUCUCUGUUGUCUGCCCCAAUCAAUUCUGUGCUCUUGUUCAUCUUGGGGACGGUGUGCAUCACACCACUGUUGAGCAGCACUGAUCCUGUGGCUGUCCCCAGGGAAGGCUUCAGGGGGCGGACGCUCCUGUCUGUGGAGCCAGGCAAUAAGCCCUUCACAAAGAAGGAGGUCGUCGGUUUUGUCAUUGGCUCCGCCUCCAGCGUGCUGUACCUGCUCUCAAGGCUGCCGCAGAUUCGCACCAAUUUCGUACGGCAGUCAACCCAAGGCAUUUCCUACUCGCUGUUUGCACUGGUGAUGCUGGGGAACACGCUAUAUGGGCUCAGUGUGCUGCUCAAAAACCCCGAGGUGGGCCAGAGUGAGGGCAGCUAUCUGCUGCACCACCUGCCCUGGCUCGUGGGCAGCCUGGGAGUGCUCCUGCUUGACACCAUUAUCUCCAUCCAGUUCCUGGUGUACAGAAGCCAUGAUGCUGAUGCUGCCUCAGAGCGAGAGCCGCUCCUCCCAAGCUGACCCCACAGCUGCCCUCCCAGGAAGGAGUGAUACUGCCGCCACUGGACUGGGCCUAGGAGGUGGCCUGGGACUCUGGGCCUGGCUGCCUCCCCUCCACACCUGGCCUUCAGACAGGUCUAGAGUUGGCACAGGUCUGGAGUUGGCGUGUGCUAUGCCGGGACAUACCUCUCAGGUAUAUGACAGCUGUCCGAGGAGCCUCUAGGGCACCCCAGAAGACGGUGUGGCCUCCUCCCAAUCAAACUACCUCAAUCUGACUAUGUACUCCUGGCUACAUCAUAGCUGGGGGACCCAGGGUUGUCCCUCUGACUGGGCACAACCUAGUAAAUAGUACCUUCCAGCUGGGCCUGUUUCUGCUGCUCCUUCCCAUGGUGCUUGAGGUCUAGGCAGGGAUCCAGGGCAAGCCCAUCCUGAUAGGGGGGGCACGUGCAGCCUCCCUGGCCCUUGGCAUCCUAACUUGUAUCCUUCUGUCCUCUUGUACACAGACCCUACCUGGUGUGGGACACCAGUGGUCUCUCUGUUCCUGGGGCUCUGGGAGAAGCAGAUAACCAAGGGCAGGCUUUGGUUGAGCAUCACCAGAGGCCUGGCAUGACCAUGUGACCGCCCCCUCUGUCCUUGCCCAGGCCGUGUAGGGUGAGGCAGCUAGCCCAAAGCGAGGCAUGUAGUCAAGUGUCUCAUACAGUCAGAGCUCAGUGAUGGUCGCUGAAGUGGAGAAGAGGGGAAGACUGGUGCCUUUCUGAGGAAGGCAGAGACUAGAAGCACAGGUGGAAAACAAGGCCAGCAGGAGACGGGUGACGGGGGCAGAGAGGAAGGGAGGAAGAUUGGUCUCAGCGGUCUUUGUUACAACACCUUUAGGGGACAGAGGACCAGCCUCCUCUCCUGCUAGCCUCAGCUUACUGAUACAUUAUUGUAGGUCCAGAAAGUCAGAUGCAGGGCCAGGGGGCUGCCUGCCAGAGACAAACAGGGCAGCCGCCUCAGUGCUUUUUGUAGCUUCUCUGUCCAUAGCUGAGGAGAAGAUCCUGGCACAGACCCAGGCAAGGCAUAUGGUGCUCCCGGUCCCUGCUCUUAACCCACUGCUGGCUUCAGGUGAUCUUUGCAGCUCAUGCCGUCCUGGGACUUGGCUCUAGGCUAGUUUCCUAGGGCCAGAUGGCACCUUUCCAAAUCCUGAAGAUCUGGGGCCUCAGUGUGGUACAGGACCCCAGGUGCACGGGCAGGACAACAUGAAAUGCCAGCCCUGUCUGAGCUCUCCUGGGUCUGUCAGGCGGAGCGACAACCCUUCAUGGGGGAGUCGUGCUUUGCCCACAGGAAUUCCUGUCUGACAGAGGAGGUGGUCUCAGGAAGGUUGCAGUUCCUCUAAACCUCAGUUCCUCCUCUCUUCUGGAGGCUCGCUCCAGUACUCCAAGGAGGGGUCAGAGUAGGGAGCUUGCAGAACCUGGUGGCCUGGUUAUUUUAUUUGCUAGGUGAGAGGAUCGUAAGCCUGUCUCAGCUACCCUGAGCCUUGCGACUUAGGCCAGCUCCCUAAGUCUGUUUCCCUCUCCCACACCACCAAAACCUGACCUGUAUGAGUUGUACUUUUGGUUUUAUGUCCCGGCAUCUGGCAUAUGGAUGAAGAAAUGGGGACUACAUUACCGUCCCCAUCUAAGGGGAUGUAGCUGCCUCGUACCCGCUCGGGGACGGCUGGCUUGACUGAAAGGACCCUGCUGUCAUGAUGGCCCCAUUGCUGCUGAAGUCUAGAAACUCCACAGCUGGCUUCUCCUUGGCCCCACACUUCUUGCUUUUUGCAGGUCAAGGAGUCGGGCAUGGGGAGGGGGUGCGGGUUAGCCUGAGGAUACAAAAGGCUCCUUGGGCCUUUCCUCAGCCUCGUGUAUGGACAUUUUGGUUCAGGCCAGGCUCAGCUGCAGAAAUGGAAAUACGGAAAUAUGUGUACAAGUCACUCAUAGGGAGGAGGGGAGGAGGCUGGACCACUCAUAGGGAGGAGGUUGGACCACAUGCCUGCAAGUGGUUACAGGGUCUUACUGUAGCUCAUAUCAGCAUGAAAUUGUGGAAAUCUCUUGCCUCUGCUUCUGAGUGCAGGGACUACAUAUGGGUGUAUGUCGUCGUGCCUGGCUGUAAGACACCCUGUAGGAAAACCCCUCUCCCGGUGCCUGGCCCUCUACAGUGUUCACAAGGCUUUGCCUCUUCUUAAGUCGGGAGGCAGGAGAAGCUGGAGGCAGAAGAGCUGGGCCUGGCUAGGCUAGGGGGUCUCUGGUAUUUAUCAGACAUGGGGAUUGAUCUCUCUCGAGCCCUCGCCUUGACCCCCAACUAGGACAGUAUGGCCUCCGGGUCUCAUCCAGGAAGGGGAGCAGUCCCAAAUCAUCCUCCUCCAUCCCUUUUGUCUGAGUCAGCUUCAUGGCUUCCCAGGGAAGCAAGCAGGUGUGGGCUCUAACAGGAAGGCUUGAAGCUGCUACCUCAUGGCAGGGACUGCCUUCCCCACAGGUUCCUUGGGCUCCGGUGGUAGGUUCCCAGCCCAUCUUCCAGCCCUUCCCAACAACUACCCCCAACUCCAAACCCCAGUUAGACAAUUGGGCAAAGAGCAUCAGCCCAUAUACCACUUUGUCCCCAGGAUACAGUAGAUGCUCUCUGGAGGCUCUGGCAGAGGUGGAGACCGUCAUGUCACUAGCAAGCACAGUAGGACUUAACAGGGUGGUGUGUGAAUUAGAGCUGGCUUCAUUGUUUGGAAAGAUGUCAUGGUACCUGUCCAGUAUUAACGUUUGAAUGAGGUGUGAGAAUAUAAGUAUCUCUUGCACACUCCUGUGCGUGCACAAGCCAGAGUAUGCAAAGGCUGACUGGGUAGGAGGGGCUGUUAGUGAACGGCUGAAGAAAGACAUCACUUGCCGGACAGCCAGAGGGAUACAUCUACAUGGGGAUAAUACUUAACCCAGAGAGCAUUUGUCCAGCCCAUUUUCCAAAUUGGAAAGUUUCACAAAAGAGGCAGAGAUAAGGACAGGAGAGUGUAUCUACCCAGAGACAUUCUAAAUGACACAAAGUAACAAGUAGGACUUUGGGUGCAGCUCAGGGUAGAACUUGCCUAGUAUGCAUGAGGUCUUAGCUUCAAUCUCCAGGACGGCAAAAAAUGGUGUGGUGGUGCAUCCCAGCACUCAGGAGGUAGAGGCAAGAAGAUGAGCUCAAAGCUAUCCUGAGCUAUAUUGUGAGGGUAGCCUAGGCUACAUGAGUUUCUGUCUUAAAAACAACAAAAUCCUAGAAAAUAGUAAGUUGAAAUAAGACUGAAAAACAUCAAUGUAGAUAGAUUCCAGAGUUCUGUGGGUUUAUAUGAGAUGUUUAUAUUCUACGUUUUAUGGUUUAUAAAAAUAAUUAUUGAAAACCAAGUUUGGUCAGGGCUGGGGAUGUCUUGUUGGUUAAGAACAUCUCGUUCUUGGAUCUCGUUCCCAGCACACACAUCAGGCAGCUCACACAGCUGCUGGCAACUCCAGCUCUAGGUGAUCUGAGAACUGUCCUCCCCAAUAAGAAAGAAAUAAAAAAGAAAAGAAAACCAAGCUUGGUGGCAUUGGUGGCACAGGCCUCUGAUUUCAGCAUUGGGAAGGCAGAGGCAGGAAGAACACACUGAAGGAUAGCCUGGGCUACGAAGCAAGUAAAAGGCCAGCCUGGGAAACUUAGCAGACCCUUUCUCAAAGUUUACUGAGUACAGUAAGGAGACACAAAACUUUAUAUAGAGCAAGAAAAAAAAAAUAGCACACCUGGGCAACUAUCUGUGCACCUCAGGCUGACCUUGAAGUCUAAGGUAGCCGAGGAUGAUCCUGCCUCCACCUCCCAGGUGCUGGGAUUCCAGGCUUGCACCAUCAUACCCCGCUCUGCAGUCUAUCUUGGUGUAUCUUGAUUAUUGAGAACUCUACCCUGGCACCCCACAGCGCCAGGGUAGAGCAGGCUCGGACAAUUGAGAGUUUGCUCUCUAGUGACUUAAGCAUGUUACGUUGCACGUAUGCCCAGGUCCCAAAGAGAGGCAGCCCAUACUGUAAAGCUUGUCCCGCAGUCAAAUGAGGUGUCUUCCUAACUCACAAGUAGCCCUACACAGAUAUCCCACCCAUUGGGAGCUAAACAACGUGGCUGGUGUAGUGGCACAGGCCCUUAAUCCCAGCACCCAGAGGCAGGCUGAUCUCUAUGAGUUCAAGGCCAGCCUGGUCUACAUGGUGAGUUCCAGACCAGCAGGGCUAUGUAGUGAAACCCUGUCUUGAAAACAAACAGACAAGACAUAAACAACUGUACGGUGGCAUUGAGUGCCAGCCUGUGUAGAUCCCCGGUGGGAGCCUCAGCCUGUGUAGAUUCCCGGUGGGAGCCUCAGCCUGUGUAGGUCCCUGGUGGGAGCCUCAGCCUGUGUAGAUCCCCGGUGGGAGCCUCAGCCUGUGUAGAUCCCCGGUGGGAGCCUCAGCCUGUGUAGAUUCCCGGUGGGAGCCUCAGCCUGUGUAGGUCCCUGGUGGGAGCCUCAGCCUGUGUAGAUCCCCGGUGGGAGCCUCAGCCUGUGUAGAUCCCCGGUGGGAGCCUCAGCCUGUGUAGAUCCCCGGUGGGAGCCUCAGCCUGUGUAGAUCCCCGGUGGGAGCCUCAGCCUGUGUAGAUUCCCGGUGGGAGCCUCAGCCUGUGUAGGUCCCCGGUGGGAGCCUCAGCCUGUGUAGAUUCCCGGUGGGAGCCUCAGCCUGUGUAGGUCCCCGGUGGGAGCCUCAGCCUGUGUAGAUCCCCGGUGGGAGCCUCAGCCUGUGUAGAUCCCCGGUGGGAGCCUGUCGAGUGUUUCCUGCAGUUCUCGGCUGUCUUGCCUGCUGCUGCUGUUCCAUUGUGUGUCUAAUAAACUAUCUCUUGCCCUUU